GGGAAAGAAUAUAGGAGAGGGAAAGGGAGUCAAAAGGGAGAGAGAGAGAGAGAGAGAGAGAGAGAUCUUGCGAGGCAUAGAGGGCUACUGAAGAAGCCUCUUCCCUUUCAUUCAUCAUUCCUCACCUCAAAUUGGUGUUUGUGACAAGGAUAGGGUUAAGAUUUUGAGUGAGAGAAUCAUUUGAAGAGAAAAAUGACUGAUCCUGAUACUAUCCGCAGUAUAAUUGGUAUUAUUGGUAAUGUUAUUUCCUUUGGUUUGUUUCUCUCCCCAGUCCCUACAUUCAUCAAGAUAUGGAAACAAAAAGCAGUGGAGCAAUUCUCCCCCAUCCCUUACCUUGCAACACUCCUCAACUGCAUGCUUUGGGUGUUCUACGGCCUGCCGAUCGUCCACCCGAAUAGCAUCCUCGUCGUCACCAUUAACAGCACAGGCCUCAUCCUCGAGGGCAUUUACCUCACCAUCUUCUUCCUCUACUCCCCCUGCAAACUCCGCAUUAAGGUGCUGAUGUAUCUUGCAGCUGAGAUUGCUUUCGUGGCAGCGGUGGUGGCCGUGGUGCUCACCACCGCCCACACUCACGACCUGAGGUCCCUUAUUGUGGGGAUUCUUUGCGUCAUUUUUGGUACUUGCAUGUACGCAUCUCCUCUUGCGGUCAUGAAAUUGGUGAUCCAAACCAGGAGUGUCAAGUACAUGCCCUUUACGCUCUCCCUCGCCGGAUUCCUCAACGGCGUUUGCUGGACCACCUAUGCCCUAAUCCGCUUCGACAUUUUUAUCACCAUUCCGAAUGGUCUCGGUGCGCUAUUCGGGCUCAUUCAGCUGGUCCUCUACGCCAUCUACUUUCGAGCAACCCCGCAAGACCAGCCCGCGGGCGAGGUCGAGUUGCCCUCGAAGACUCUUGAAGUCUAAAUUGCCUCCUUUCGAUCUCCUUUCUUCUUGCCCGUUCCUUCCUCUUCGCUGAGCAUGCCUGUCAUCUCCUACGCACGUAUCGUAUUAGGAGGAAAAAAAAUAAAAACAAAAAACAAAAAAGAGAAAGAUCAAUUAGCCAUUCAUUUAUUUGAUUUGAUGGCAAGCAAAUUUAAAGAAAAAAUUUUUUGUUGUACCAUGUUGAUCAAAAUGCAUGAUCUUUUUUCCAUAUUAA